UCGUCUUCGAAAGUCAAACGUUUUGUCUGGGUUUAUGGCGUAACAUCCACUACACUUGAAACGACUGAUUUUUCUCUUCGUAUAAACCAUGGCUGGACUGAUAAUCACCGGCGGGCGAAUAAUCGAUCCUGCAAGCGGAAUGGACACUGUGGGCGACCUACUAAUUCAAGAUGGACGUAUCGCGCAAGUAGGAAAUCAUAAUGGCGGCGCUAGCGGCGACAGUGGUGGCGCGGGGGUCUCGAAAACUUUGCCCACAACCGUAGAAGCAAAUGGCUGCAUCGUGACCCCUGGCCUCAUCGACUGCCACGUUCACGCAUACGAGCACGUGACACCUCUGGGUCUGAAUUUGGACGAGAGGUGCCUGUCACGUGGUGUAACAACGGCGGUCGAUGCAGGCAGUGCAGGAUGCAGCACCUUGCCUGGCCUGCGCAAGUUCAUCGCCGAGGGCUCUGCCUGUCGUCUCUACGCCUUCCUGCACAUCGCGGCUCAUGGCUUGGCGUCGGCGGGCUGCGCAGGCUUGUUGAAUGGAGGAGAGUGUGAUUCUCUAAACCAGCUGGAUGUCGAACAGUGUGUUGAGGCCAUUAAAAAUAAUCCGGAUCUGGUGGUGGGAGUGAAGGUGCGCAUUACGGCUAGUGUUGCAGACGAUGGACGUAAUGAACAAGAAAGCUACAGGAGAGCACUUCAGGCUGCCCAAAAUGCUGCAGUGCCUCUUAUGGUGCAUCACAGUUUUUCUACCAUACCCAAGGUCAAGACUGAAGGAUUUCUUAGCUGCCCUGGAGAUAUGAUCAAAGGAGAUAUUCAUACUCAUACCUACCACAACCAUCCAGGAGGCAUUGUUGAUUCCUCUGGCAGAGUGAUUCAAGAUGUACUGGAUGCUAGGAAGCGUGGAGUUCUCUUUGAUGUUGGACAUGGUGCAGGUUCCUUUUCUUGGGAUUCCUUGGAGGCUUGUGCUAGAGAUGGUUUCUGGCCAGAUCUAAUCAGCACUGAUUUGCAUGUUGAAAGCAUGAAUGGUCCAGCCUAUGAUUUGACCAGUGUUAUGACCAAACUGCUGCAUGCUGGUAUGCCCUUGGUUGAUGUCAUCUCUGCAGUGACAUCAAAACCAGCAGCUGCCAUUGGAAAGAGCAACAUCAUUGGAUCUCUGAAAGUUGGCAUGGAGGCAGAUGUAACUAUUCUACGCAUAGAAGAAUGCAGUAUAGAGCUAGAGGACACAGUAGGACAGACAAGAAAAGUCACCAAGAGAAUAGUGCCAGUGAGGGUGUUUCGUGCAGGGAAAGAGUAUCCCAUUAGAGAGUACUGUGAAUAUCCCAAUCUCAAAAGCAAAGCAGAAUGUUUAAACAGAGCUAAGCAGUAUGCAAAAUUAGCCCCAACUUUUGUCAGAAAAUAGUGAUAUUUUUAAACUGUAAAAUGAGGCAUUUCACAAUGGUUUAUUUUUUUCAAUUUACUGAUGUGUAUUCAGAAUACUUUAUUCUUGAUCAAUAUGUCCUCAGUCAGGCUUGAAAAGUGUCAUAUAUUGUUUUGUGUGAUCUGGGACAAGUGGGCAGGUAUUAACAGUUUUACUGGAGAAAAUCAGUGAAUAUUUAUCAGUUAAAUGCCUGAUGUAUAUUCAGACUUUUGUUUAAUAGCAAGUGCUUGCAUUUGUAACGUAUUAAAGGUGAUCAUAUAUGACAGUUUA